AUGAGCGCUACGCAGGGAGACGUCAAGUCUUUGCAGGCACAAGAUGCCCCAGACGCCCCCAAAUCCGUCAAACGCGCCCCUCCCCCCGAGACUUCGCAGGCCAUCUAUACGCGCUUCAAAGUGAUUGCUGCUUUCUGGGCCGUCAUAAUCUUCUUGGGCUUCCCGAUAUGGUGGAAAACCACCUCCAUUUACCGCGCACAUCUGCCAAUCCAGGAUAUGCUGGAGUGGGCGAACGGCAAGACGUGUCGCCCCGUAUUUCCUCUCGAAAUCCAUCUUAUGACCCCAACAAUGCAGCUGCCAGAAUCUCAGCACCUCCUCCGCACGACCCAGCAUGCACUUGACGAUCUGAACGAAUUCGCCGCCCACCACUUGCGCCUCAAGCUAGUGAACGAUUCAUCUGCACUCAAUGUCGAGCAGCGCGAGAAGGCCUCGGGAACCGAUGCGGAAGAAGCAGAUAUUGCUUUGACUGUCCGAGUGCUCUCUCAAGAUGAUUUGCCAGCGCCCCGGUCCUACCUCCAUGCGGAGACGACCCAAUUGGAUAUCUUUUACCCACCGAACCAAGCCCCGAUUCCGUCGUCCUCGAAUCCUCCUCUUUCGGUAUUCAUUGCCCAAGAACUUCAGCAGUUAUAUUGGGAAGAAAAAGCAACCAUUGCACAUGUUCUGUCGGGCGAGACCGGAAACUUGGACUCUAUAUCCCCACAGCUUGCUGAGAGUAUCAGUCGCCGAUUCCGUCGGUCGAUGAAGUAUGCCGAUACAUAUCACCUUUCGUUUUCCUUGUUUACUCCUGGGUCCGCUCCCUCGUCGUGGGACAUUGAAGCAGCCGUCCAGGAGUAUCUGGCCCCGCUACUCAAUGAAUUUGCUAGCAUAAGCAACUUCACAAUUGAUACUCAAGUCCAGCUGUAUGCCAGCUUUUCACCUAUGGCGCCCUCGCCGGUAUUUGAGGAGACAGAGGCAGCCUGGACCCUCCAAAAGGAAGAUCUGAGCGCAUUCAUCAAUGCCGCUGAGUGGCCGCUUAACCCAAGCAUUGGCAGCGGCCCUACCCUCAACUUCAUUCUCUAUGUCCCAUCUCCGUCCCAAUCCCCGCUCGUCGUUAAAGAGAACCAUGCUUCGAGCUGGAUUGUUCCUCAGUGGGGUGGGGUCUUCCUUCUCAACCCGCCUCUCUCAUCCGACUCGACCAACCCCUCUCACCUUUCCAAAGACUCAUUGCGUCCCGCCUUCAUGACCUUCUCCCACCAACUCCUCACCCUCCUUGGCACUCCCACAACCCCUUCAUCCCUUCCGCUCCGCCUCCAAGCUCUGGUUCGUGUGCGUGCCGCUAGUCUCUUAUUAUCCGCCUCAUCUACCAUGGGAUCACUUGCGCGCCUCACUGAAUCCCUUCCAUCCAUUCCCAUUCCAGCAACUGUUGCAUCCUCCGUUUCAGACACCCUUUCUCACCUGUCUGCGGCUUGUACUCAUAUGAAGCAUGGUCGCUUUUCAGCCGCUCUGGCCAAUGCCCGUAUUGCUGAGAUCGAGGCAGAACGCAGUUUCUUUGAGAAGAGUAUGGUUGGUCAAGUGUAUUUCCCUGACGAGCACAAAAUCGCCGUCUAUCUCCCUCUGUUGGGACCGAUAGGCGUUCCACUAAUUGUUGGUCUGAUGAAGGAGCUCAAGCGAAUAGUGGCUACCUUGAAAGCUCGCAGGGCUAAUGCUGCGUAA